AUGGUAUGGGAUGGAUGUGCAGCCGAAUUCCGGAAGUUAUAUGCUUCUAUUGUUGGCAAAUCAACUAUACUAAUAAUCACGGCUGUCAAUCCAAAAUCCUAUGGAGGCAAUCUGUCAUUGAGCACAACAUACUCAACCCGUUUCUACAGAGACGCCAACUAUGAAGCUAUCAAAGUUUUCCCAAAAAGCUCCUCACUUCCCGAUGGGGUACCACCAACUGUUAAUGGGGGUAAAACUCCUGCAAUAAUUGAAACAUUUUCAAUUGCAGAGGCCCGCAAAUUUGUAUCCACUUCAACAGAACAGGAGAAGGAGUUCAAAUGCACAGCUUACAUUGUAGAGAUCGUGGUUGACCGAGGGUGGAAAUACAUUGCAUGUGGCAAGUGUGGGUUAAAGCUUGUGGAAUCAGGAUCUUCCCUAAUUUGCAAACGUUGUUCUGGUGAGCCUAUUGGUGUGGUCAAGUAUCGGGUUGAACUGGCUGUAACAGACGGUAAAGACAAAACAAUAUUUGUUAUGCUUGAUGAACCCACCACACAAUUGAUACACAUUGGAGUUACAGAGUUGAUUGACUCACAGCCUGCAAUGAAGGAUGGUGUGCCUGAAGUACUUGCAGAGUUAACUGGGAGGACAUUCGAGUUUGAAUUAAAAAUUUCAGGCUACAACUUCAAAUCAAAGUAUGAGACAUUUACCGUGACUCGGGUUGUUAGUGACGUCCAGCAUCCACCGCCUCAGACAUCAACUGGUCCUAACGAAGUUGACGACCAUGACCAACCCUCAGAGACAUCAGAGAAGCAUUGCACCGAAGUCCAACAACCAGCCACUGCAAACUGUAAUGACAUCAGUGGUCAAGGCUCGCCACUAGAACCAGCAGAGAGAGAAAGCAAGAAGGCCCGAACUGGGAACUCCAAAUAA